GUGACCCCAUUUUCGAACCCAAGCCGCUGCCUCGGCUUCCUAUAGCCGCGCCACCUAGACCUGGCGCCAGUCUGACAGCACCUUCUGUUUUCCGCCCCGCCAUCCCUGUCCGCCUACGCGCACGCACGCACGCACGCCGACGUCCCUACCUGGCGGAAGAGCGCCGCGAAUCGCGCGGCCCCUCCGGGAGGUGGGCGUGAACGCCGCUGACCACGUGAUCGGGCCUGCUCUAGGAGAAAGGCACGUUCCCGCAACGGAGCGGGAAGAUGGGGCCACCCGCCUGCGUCUGAGCUGGGGGGCUGGCUAACGCCUUGUUCCUGCUGCCGCCGGGAGAGGCCUGCCUGUGGAGGUCUCCAAGUGGUUAUGGGCUUUCCUUUUUUCCUAUUUAUCAUUUCUUAGGCUUCCUGAUGUGAGGCUGUUGAGAGAAGUAAAUGUUUUCGUUGAGAAGCCGCAGAGGGACGAGUACGUGUUACAAAAGGUUUCUCAGCAAACUACUAGAUGAGCGGGCCCUCUCAAGCUCUCUUCAGCUUGUGCUUCUGAGGUGGACCAGAUACGUGGAUGGCAGGAGAGAGACCCUCACUGUGGUGGAGAAACAAUUAAAAACUCAGAACGCCACUUAGAACCACAGCACUUGUAACCCUGAAGUAAAACCAGCAUUGCCGUACGUGCCCAAGUGCUUGGUCCGGGUUUGGUGCCACCACCUUACUGCCCUUAAUGGCUGCUCUGUUCCUGAGGAGGUUAACACUGCAAGCGAUAAAGACUGAAAAUAACUGCAUUGCAAGAUGUUUGGAGAAACACUUUCUGCAAAAGACAGCGCCAGCACAGUUGUCUGUUACUGUUUCAGUCCCGAGACUGCCCUCUCUCAUUCAUGCAAAAGCGUUCAGUGUGGCUGAAGAUGCCCAGGAUAAGAAAAACAAGAAGAAAAAGACUGAAACAGCUCUUACUAGCACUGGUAGAAAAAUUAGUGAGCGAAUCAUUCAGGUAUUUGAUGAGAAGGGCAAUGACUUGGGGAGCAUGCACCGGGCAGAUGUGAUUAAACUCGUGGACAAGCGAGACCUGAAGCUCGUUAAAAGGAACGCCUGCACAGAGCCUCCUGUAUACCAGCUCAUGACGGGACUUCAGAUUCACGAAGAGCGAAUGAGACUCAGAGAGCAGGACAAGGCCAAACCUAAGACACGACCGACUCUGACAAAGGAACUGACUUUUUCUUCAAAUAUUGGACAACAUGAUUUGGACACAAAGAGUAAACAGAUUCAGCAGUGGAUUGAGAAAAAUUAUCAAGUUCAAAUUACUAUAAAGAAAGGGAAGAAUGUAGAAGACCCAGAAAAUAAAAUGGAGGCGAUAUUUAACCAAAUACUCCAGACCAUGCCUGGAAUAGCUACCUUCUCAUCUAAGCCCCAGGCCGUUAAAGGAGGAAGAGCUGUAAUGUGUGUUCUUCGCCAUUUGAGCACAAAGGAAGAGAACAUGUAUAGAGAAGCCCAGAAGACCCAGAAAGGAGACAUUCUGAACAAAGAAAAUAGAAAUGACAGACCACCAGAUGUUCUGCACCAGUGAUUUUAAUAAAGAUAAAUGUGCUUCUG